CCUGGCUAUUUUGAAACCAAAGUCCUUGAAAAAAUUGCUGACCAAUUAGAUAAAAUAUUCAUAAAUACUCGAAUUAUUGAAAAUUUUAAUUGCAUAUUACAAACAACAAGUCAGUAUCUCUUGGAAGUUAUAGUUCCUGAGACUACUAUUCACUUAAUCAUGGAUAAUCUUGAAUGUGAAUAUGUUGAUACUACAGAUAUAAUGAAAGAAAAUGUGCUAUACAGAUUGAUAGUCAAUCUAUCUGAUAAGAAACCA